ACAUUCAAAUAUACAAACUUAACCAAACCAUUUCUUUCCCUACCUAUAAACACAAAUUAAUUAAACACAUAUCAUACCAAGAAACACCUUCAAAUAACAUUAAUCCAUAUGGCUUCAAUAUUACAAAGUUCAGUUAUACUUUCUUGUUCUUUAUCAUCAUCAGCAUCAUCUUCAAAGAGAGUAAUUAAUGCAGCAAUUCAUCUCCCAAAACUCUCAAAUAUAUCAUUACCAAAGAUCCAAACCAGAAAACAACAUGUUGAUCAAGAAUUAAAAAUACUCAAAGAGUACAAUACUCCAUUAUUAGAAAACAAUAACUCACAAAUAUUACACCAUCAAGAACAACAACAUUCUACAAAUUCUAAAACCAUUGUUCAACUCUAUGCAAUCUUGGAGGCCGUAUCCGACAGAAUAGAAAUGCAUCAAAACAUUGGCGAACAACGUAACAACUGGAACACACUUCUUUUAAACUCAAUCAACAUGAUUACUCUCACUGCUACAACCAUGUCUGGUGUUGCUGCUGCUACUGCAACUACUUGUUCUGAUUCAUCACUUUUGGCUUUGAAACUAUCUUCUGCUCUUUUGUUCUCUGCUGCAACUGGAUUGUUACUUAUCAUGAACAAAAUCCAACCUUCUCAACUCACUGAGGAACAAAGAAAUGCUACAAGAUUGUUCAAACAUCUUCAGAAACAAAUCGAGACCGUAAUUGCAAUAGGAAAUCCUAGUAAGGAAGAUGUGAAGAGUUCAAUGGAAAAAGUUUUGGCACUUGACAAAGCUUAUCCACUUCCUUUAUUAGGAGCAAUGCUUGAAAAAUUUCCUGCAAAAUUUGAACCUGCUAAUUGGUGGCCUUCAAAUAUGUUUCAAAAGAAAAACAAACCAUCGACCAAAAUGGGAAAAAUGAAUGGAUGGAGUGAAGAAUUAGAAAUGGAAAUGAGGGAGGUUGUUGAAGUGAUGAAGAGAAAAGAUUCCGAGGAUUAUGAAAGACUUGGUAACAUAGCUUUGAAGGUAAACAAGAGUUUAGCCAUUGCAGGGCCAUUACUCACAGGAAUUGCAGCUGUUGGUUCUACAUUUAUAGGUAAUGGUAGUUCUUUGGCUUCUUUUGUUCCUCUCUUGGCUGGUUCAUUGGCUGCCACGGUUAAUACUUUUGAGCAUGGUGGACAAGUUGGGAUGGUUUUUGAAAUGUACAGAACUUCUGGUGGGUUCUUCAAGUUGUUAGAAAGUUCAAUUGAAUCAAGUUUGGAAGAGAAAGAUUUAGAGAGAAGAGAAAAUGGAGAGUUGUUUGAAAUGAAGUUGGCUUUGUCACUGGGAAGAAGUGUAUCAGAGUUGAGGGAACUUGCAUCAAAAUCAGGUUCUUAUCGCAUGGAAGGUGUUGACAUAGAUGAAUUUGCUAGCAAGAUAUUCUAAGACAUAUUAACAUCAUUUAAUUAAUUCUUUAUAUGGUUUAUUCUUUCAUUCUUUGUAGUUAAUUAUCUGACUUAUACAUAUGCCUCUUACUGAUCUGUAAUUCUUUUAAUUUUCUUGAUUGGGUCUUGCCUAUUGUUAUUUAAUGCAUGCAUGCAUACUCCAUUGCACAAUUGUGGAGAAAAUUAUAGUGCAGAAGAUGAAGUUACUAUUUUUUUUUUCCGGUUUCAUAUAUAAAUAAAAAUAACUACUUU